AUGGAGAAACUAACCAAUGAGCAGAUAGAGGAAAUGUUUGACCGAAAGCUGACAGAGGAAGACUUGGAAGUGGCAAUGCAUGACAUCAGAGGAAGAAACAGAGGAGUAGCAUCAGAAGAAUCAAACGAAGAGCUGAGGGAGGAAGACUUUGUAACUCCAACUUUUGGAGAGUGGCACCAGAAAACCACCCAAGAACGGCGAAAAGAAGAAGCAGAAAGUCAGAAGCGAAUGAAGGACUUAAUAGGCUCGUUGGAAGAAGCAACAACUCAGAUGAGUCUCUCACAAGAAGAAAACCAGAAAACUCAAGACUUGUUGAAGAAGUUGACGGAAGAGAAUGAAAAGCUAGCAAGGCAGAAUGAUAGAUAUUGGGAGAUGUUGGACAAAGCCUUUGAGGAAGACAAUAUAGCAACAAGGAAGAUACAUAUCUUGCAGAACAAAUUGUUGAAGAAGUGGAAAGUUUUUACAACCAUUGAGAAGGAAAAAAAGAACUUGGAGGACGUCAUUGAGCAGCAGAGAGAAAUUAUACACAAUCUGGAAAAUGAAUUACUGGAAAUGGAAAGAAAGCUACUGGAGAAAGAUAUGUUGGAUUCUCAAGAGGAUUUACGGAAAGAUGAUAUAGAAAACAGUAACAGUGAUGGUGAGGAUGGUGAGGAAGAGGGUGGAGAAGGAGCUGAUGGUGAAGAUGGUGAGGAAGAGGGUGGAGAAGGAGUUAAUGGUGAAGAUGGUGGAGACAAUGUUGAAGAACCUGAAGUGAGAACAACCAGAACGAAGCACACAUCAAUAAGAAAAGAUAAAGAAGGCAGGUCUUCUCAGAAACAGGAAGCAAAGAAACAAUCAAGGAGAAGGGAAAGGGUGAAAAAAGCUGCUGCUGAAGAAGAAGCUGCUGAUGAAGAAGAACCUGAAAAAGAACCCAUUAAAAAGAUGAAGAAAGGGAAGAAGCAAGCUGUAAAGAGAAAUUCAAUGGUGGAUCGAAUCAAGAACAAAAAAAGGAAGCCUACUGAAGACAAGGAGUUCAUGUAUACCACUAAAAGAACAAGGAGUGGCAAGAGGCAUUAG